CGGGGGAGCAGGGGCUGGAGACACGCGCCCGCCCGGAGCGUCGCCCCUACAGAGCCUCCGCCUGCCUAGAAGAUGCCGAGACAGUGUCGUGGCCACCCGGGGGCCCUGCUGCUGGUCUUGCUGCUGCACGCCUCCGUGGAAGUGCAUGGCUGGUGCCUGGAGAGUGGCCGGUGCCAGGACCUCACCACGGAAAGUGACCUGCUGGCCUGCCUCCGCGCCUGCCAGGCCGCUCUGACGGCCGAGACGCCCGUGUUCCCGGGCAACGGCGACGAGCAGCCGCUGGCCGAGGACGCCCGGAAGUACGUCAUGGGCCACUUCCGCUGGGAGCGCUUCGGCCACCGGAACGGCAGCGGCGCGGGCGCGAGGCGCGCGGCGGAGGAGCCGCUGCCCGCGGGGGCCGAUGAGGACGCGGCGGCGGCGGCGGCGGCGUGGGCGGCGGCGCUGGGGGGCCCGCGGCCGGGCAAGCGCUCCUACUCCAUGGAGCACUUCCGCUGGGGCAAGCCGGUGGGCAAGAAGCGGCGCCCCGUGAAGGUCUACCCCAACGGCGCCGAGGACGACUCGGCCGAGGCCUUCCCCGGCGAGUUCCGGAGGGACCUGGCGGCCGCCGCGCCCGAGCCCGCCCUCGACGGCCCCGACGGCCUGGAGCCCGGCCUGCUGGCCCCCGCGGCCGCCAAGAAGGACGGGACGCCCUACAAGAUGGAGCACUUCCGCUGGGGCAGCCCGCCCAAGGACAAGCGCUACGGCGGCUUCAUGUCGUCCGAGAAGAGCCAGACGCCCCUGGUGACGCUGUUCAGGAACGCCAUCAUCAAGAACGCGCACAAGAAGGGCCAGUGAGGCGCCCCCCCACCGGGCCACGAGGCCCGCCAGCACCCCUCCCCCCGCACACCCUCCUGGCAGCAGGGACAAUAAAGACAUGCAUCUCAUCA